AUGUGUGGACGCUAUGCUUUGGGCGUGCGCUUGGCGUACAUCCAACAGCGUCUGCAGGAGAGAGGGAUGCAGGUGGAUGAAGCGCCUGAUGACGAUGAAGUAAGAGAGACAUACAACUUUGCCCCCGGUAGCUUCGGAGCCGUCUACCGAGCGGAUGUCCCUGAGAAGCACCAUUCCAGCCCUGGGGCAGCUGCCGGCGAGGAGCAAGGCUCAGAACACAACGAAACCCACGACAUGAGUGACAACCCCGUUGACAAAGCAGUUGAUAAGACCAAACCCAAAUUCAAGAUUCAGAGCAUGAAAUGGGGCCUCAUCCCUUUCUGGACCAAGCGCCAACCGGACUACAGCUCUAUGAUGCGUACGAUUAACUGUCGCGACGACUCACUAAUCGAAGAUCGUGGCAUGUGGACAACCAUGAAACGUCGCAAGAGAUGUAUUGUGAUCUGUCAGGGCUUCUACGAAUGGCUGAAAAAAGGCCCGGGAGGCAAGCAGAGGAUUCCGCACUUCGUGCGGCGCAAAGAUGGCGAUUUGAUGUGUUUUGCUGGGCUGUGGGACUGUGUAUCAUAUGAAGGCUCCGAGGACAAGCUCUACACCUAUACCAUCAUCACGACAUCCUCCAAUUUCUACUUGAACUUUCUCCAUGACCGGAUGCCUGUCAUUCUUGAUCCUGGCACUGAAGCAAUGAGCAAAUGGCUUGAUCCAAACCGAACGACAUGGUCGGAGGAUCUACAAUCCACUUUGAAGCCGUACGAUGGUGAGCUGGAGUGCUAUCCAGUCUCGAAGGAGGUCGGUAAAGUCGGAAAUAAUUCUCCUGACUUCAUUGUGCCUGUCAACAGCAAAGAAAACAAGAAUAACAUUGCAAACUUUUUCGCCAAUGCGAAAAAGAAAGAAGGUGUAUCUCCGAAGAAGGAGCCUGCUUCACAGAAGGGGCCAAAGGUCAAUGGCGAAGAGAAAGAAUCCACUACACAAGGCAUCAAAAGAGAGCACAGUCCAGAUUCGGCAAGCCACAUUGAAGAAAGCAAAAGACCAAAGUCCCAGCAACUCUCAAAGUCUCCUUCUCCGCAAAAAGCGAAGAUGCGUAGUGCCACUCAAAACACGCCGAGGAAGAAAACCAGCGAGAUCAAACCAACAGAUGGCUCGCAGCGAAUAACGAACUUUUUCAAAAAAUAA